CAGCUGACAUCUGUCAUUUUGAAUUUCCAAUCAAUCGAUAACCCCUCGUGUUUACUUCCAGUUUUCUCUGUUCAAAGCCGUCCAGCCUGUGCCCCCUUUCACCUGAUGCUGAUAAAAAUGUUAACGAGUCAAAUCGGCACUGUUUUAAAGCAAGCAGUCACCACAUUCACCAACAAAGAGAUGUUCUUCCAAAACAUGGAGAUCCUCAAAGCCCUUUUGGACAAAACCACGGCCGAAGACGUCAACCUGCACCCCCAAUUCAUGACGGAGGACUUGUGGCAACGCCCCAACAAAGCCCCGGUGACUUACAUCGACAUCUACGAGGACUACAACCUCACAAUCGGGAUUUUCAUCCUCAAACCCGGCAUGAAACUGCCCUUGCACAACCACCCCCACAUGCACGGGCUCAUUAAAGUCGUCGGGGGCAAACUCAAAGUCACCAGUUACUCGCUAAACACCGAGAAGACGCGCCAAGUGGACGGGAAAGCCCCCCAAGUGGCGAAAUUCCUCACAGCGGAGAGGUGCGCCGAGAAUUUUCUAGACAUUCACAGUGGCUGUUGUGUACUGGAGCCUGAAGUGCGGAAUUUGCACGAAAUUGAGAGUGUAGGGGGGCCUGCUGCGUUCAUUGACAUUCUGGCGCCCCCCUACGAGACUGUGAUACCGGGAAAUGGGGUGCGGAAAUGCUCCUAUUUUAGGGUCUUGCGCGAGGUGGCCCCCAGUGUGUUCAGGAUGCAGGAAAUCACCUCGCCGAGUUGGUACUGGACUGAUUCUUUCCCCUACACAGGGCCGGACUUGUCCUAGCGGGCCCCCUUUCUCAUGUCUUGUUGUUAUCUAGUCGGUCUAGCUUAGGACUUGCCAGUUAUUCCACGUUUGUGAUAACAGUUGAUUAAGUUUAAAAUUUGUCUAAAAAACGUUUUAUUUAACAGAAUUGCUUUUUAAUAAAUCCCAAGUCGAGGGCACUUGUAAAAUGUUUGUUUUCCAUUAAGUUAAAUAAACAAGGAAUGCAAUUAACUAAUAAUGCAAUUAAUCUAAAAAAAUAUUUGUCCUAAUUAAGUUUCUAGAUUAUUUAAUCAGAAUUUCUAUUAUGGUGUAAGUAAGUAGAAAUAUUGGCUUCAGUGUAGUCUAAAAUCUUGCGUUGGCAUUGCCGAAUGUACUGUUGUUGUUUAUGAU